AUGAUGACAUCGGUGGGCACUAACCGAGCCCGGGGGAACUGGGAGCAGACACAGACACAGAGCCAGACACAGCACAAGCAGCGGCCACAGGCCACUGCGGAACAGAUUCGACUUGCACAGAUGAUUUCAGACCACAACGAUGCUGACUUUGAGGAGAAGGUGAAACAACUGAUUGACAUCACAGGCAAGAACCAGGACGAGUGUGUGAUUGCUCUGCAUGACUGCAAUGGAGAUGUUAACAGAGCCAUCAACGUGCUGCUGGAAGGCAAUCCGGACACGCAUUCCUGGGAGAUGGUCGGGAAGAAGAAGGGUGUCUCGGGACAGAAGGAGAGUGGCCAGACAGAACCCAGUGAAGAAAGCAAAGAGAACCGGGAGAGGGAGCGGGAUUUCAGCAGACGACGUGGUGGGCCGCCGAGGCGGGGCCGCGGUGCCAGCCGUGGAAGAGAGUUUCGGGGCCAGGAGAAUGGACUAGACGGUGGUAAGAGUGGAGGAUCUUCUGGAAGAGGCACGGAAAGAGGGAGGCGGGGACGCGGCCGAGGCCGAGGUGGCUCUGGAAGGCGAGGAGGAAGAUUUUCUGCCCAAGGCAUGGGAACCUUCAACCCGGCUGACUACGCUGAGCCGGCAGGCACGGAUGAGAGCUACAGCAACAGCAACACGUGGAACAACACGGGCAGCUUCGAGCCAGAUGAUGGCACAAGACUUGAUUUCAUUGGGGGUGAGGGGUCAAAUUAUCCCCGAAAAUUUGACACUGCUCCUGGUGCGUGGAGGGCAGCGACGGAAGAGUGGGGCACGGAGGACUGGAAUGAAGAUCUGUCUGAGACAAAGAUCUUCACUGCCUCCAAUGUGUCUUCAGUGCCUCUGCCUGCUGAGAAUGUGACAAUCACAGCUGGACAGAGAAUCGAUCUGGCAGUCCUGCUAGGAAAGACGCCCUCUUCUAUGGAAAACGAGUCACCAAACCUGGAGUCAUCCCAGGCUCCUUCCCUGGCCCAGCCGCUGGUUUUCAGCAAUUCCAAGCAGAGUGCUAUAUCCCAGCCUGCCUCUGGGAACUCCUUCUCUCACCACAGCAUGGUGAGCAUGCUGGGGAAAGGGUUUGGAGACGUCGGGGAGGCCAAAGGCAGCAGUACCACAGGUUCGCAGUUCCUCGAGCAGUUCAAGACAGCCCAGGCUCUGGCUCAGCUCGCUGCUCAACACACCCAGCCUGCUGGCAGCACCACUGCUUCUUCCUGGGACAUGGCAUCUACCACGCAGACCUCGUCUCUCGUGCAGUAUGAUCUUAAGAACCCAACAGACUCUUCCGUGCAUAGUCCCUUCACCAAGCGCCAGGCCUUCACCUCCACUUCAACUAUGAUCGAAGUGUUCAUGCAGGAGAAACAGCCUGUGGUGACUGCCUCCACAACCGUGCCGGCACCCUCCUCCUCCCCACUGCCCAGCAAAGCCAACCCUGUCCCUCAGAUGUCCCCAGGCUCCUCGGACAACCAGUCAUCCAGCCCCCAGCCAGCUCAGCAGAAGCUGAAGCAGCAGAAGAAGAAGGCGUCGUUAACAUCAAAGAUUCCUGCCCUUGCGGUGGAAAUGCCUGGCUCAGCAGAUAUCUCAGGACUCAACCUGCAGUUUGGGGCAUUGCAGUUUGGUUCAGAGCCUGUUCUUGCGGAGUAUGAAUCAACAGCCACAACAAGUGCUGCUGUAAGCCAGGCUCAGAGCAGCCUGUACACCAGCACGGCGAGUGAAUCUUCAUCCACAGUUUCAUCCAAUCAAAGCCAAGAGUCUGGUUACCAGAGCAGCACAAUACAGACAGCAACAUUUACCUCCCAGAACAGUGCUCAGGGACCACUGUAUGAACAGAGAUCCACCCAGACGAGGCGAUACCCAAAUUCCAUCUCCUCCUCGCCCCAGAAAGAUCUGCCCCAGGCUAAGAAUGGUUUCAGUUCUGUACAACCCACGCCGUUACAAACCACACAGGCUGUUGAAGGUGCUACAGGCCCCGCAGUGAAAUCAGAUUCCCCUUCUGCUCCCAGCAUCACGCCUCUCAACGAUGGGGUAUCUGCAUCAUCCUUGCUGACAACAGCCAGCCAACACUCAACAGCUCUGAGCAGCCUGAGCCACAGUGAGGAGCUCCCCAGUACGACCAGUGCCCAGCUUAGCAGUACGUUACCCACCCAGCAGAACAGUCUGUCCUCAUCCACCUCCUCUGGGCGAACAUCAACGUCAACUCUUCUGCACACAAGUGUGGAGAGUGAAGCAAGCCUCCAUUCUUCUGCUAGCACUUUCUCCACCUCCUCCAGCACAGUGUCAGCUGCCCCACCAGUCGUAAGCGUUUCCUCCAGCCUCAGUAGUGUCAGCAGCCUGGGCCUCAGCCUCAGUAGUAACUCCACAGUGACGGCCUCGACUCGCAGCUCCGUUGCAACAACAUCAGGAAAAGCCCCUCCCAAUCUCCCUCCUGGAGUCCCACCGUUGUUGCCUAAUCCGUACAUCAUGGCUCCAGGGUUGCUACAUGCCUAUCCGCCACAGGUGUAUGGAUAUGAUGAUCUGCAAAUGCUCCAGACAAGAUUCCCAUUGGAUUACUACAGCAUCUUCCCUACCCCCCCCACCCCACUGACUGGAAGAGAUGGCAGCCUGAGCAGCAAUCCAUACUCUGGUGACUUAACCAAAUUUGGCCGAGGUGAUGCCUCUUCCCCUGCUCCUGCCACGACUCUGGCCCAGCCCCAGCAGAGCCAGACGCAGACCCACCACACCACGCAGCAGACGUUCCUGAACCCGGCGCUGCCUCCUGGCUACAGUUACACCAGCCUGCCCUACUACACAGGGGUACCAGGGCUCCCCAGCACCUUCCAGUACGGGCCCGCCGUGUUCCCUGUUGCUCCUACCUCUUCCAAGCAGCAUGGUGUGAAUGUCAGCGUCAAUGCAUCAGCAACCCCUUUUCAGCAGCCCAGUGGCUAUGGCUCUCAUGGAUACAGCACUG